AUGGCGGAUUCCACCUCUCCUGCGAACAUCACGCCAGCUCAAUACCCCGAUCUCAACCCGUCGCAGCAAAAGUCGUCUGGCGGCGGCAUCCUCAGCAGUAAGUCAUCGUCUCAACCUCGACCCGCCAGCAUGUCCGCUUCCCCGCCUAACAAGGCCCUCGCAGACGCUUCACAGACCGCACAGCAGACGAUGGAGAACAUCAAGAACUCCCAGACGGUGCAGUCGGUUGCCAACGGGCCCCUCGCCGACAAGGCGCGCACCGAAGCCACAGCCACCAAGAACGAGUUCAGCAACCUCGCCGCCUCGCGUCAGACGCCCCAAACCCAGACGGCCAACGGCCAGGACCUGACCCAUUACCACUCCUUCUUCUACAACCUCUUGUCGUGGGAGAACCCGCGCGCCACCGCUAUCAGCUAUGCUAGCAUCGUUAUCCUCGUCUUCGCCACACGCUACCUUCCCAUCACCCGCUACACCAUGAAGGCGCUGUACAUGCUCCUGGGUCUGACAGCCGCCGCCGAGAUCAUUGGCAAGGUCGCCCUCGGCCAGGGCGUCGCCAGCAAGAUGCGGCCCAAGAAGUACUACACCAUCCCGCACGAGACGCUCGAGAGCGUGCUCGCCGACACGGAGGAGCUCAUCAACUUCUUCGUCAUUGAAUUCCAGCGCAUAGUCUUCGCCGAGAACGUGUAUGCCACUGGUGCUGCCUUCAUCUCUGCCUUUGUCACCUACUUCCUCGUCAAGAUCAUGCCCAAGUGGGGUCUAUUCCUCUUCUUCACCACCGUCGUCUACUUUGCUCCUCUCGCAUACAUCAGCAACAAGGAGUUCAUCGACGAGCACCUCAACAACGCCUCGACCAUUGUCUCCGAGCAGGCCAACCAGGUCCGUGACAUCGCCGGUCAGCACGCAAGCAAGGCAGUGGAGGCAAGCCGUAGCGCCAUCAAGGACUACAGCUCUCAGGCGUCGGAAUUGAUCGGCCAGGGCAAGAAGGCCGCAGUGGACAAGGGUAUUGUUAAGCCAGAGACCGCCGAGAAGGUUGCAUCGGCCACGGUGACCCCGGAGAAGGCAGUCAGCUCCUCUGACUUCCCUUCGGCACCAAAGGUUGAGCCGGUGAUUGAAUCUACCCAGGUCGAGCCCCUCAACCCUGAGCACCCUGUCACACGCGAUGCCGAGCCUCUCCUCGCCUAA